AUGAAAUUAAUCCCAUUCGUUUUAUGCAUUAUGCUGGUAUUUAUGUUAACUGUACCUAAAGAUUCUGAAGGGUUGUUUGCGCUUCCUUUGGCUAUGGUGAUUGCGAGGAAGCUUGGUAUAAAGCUGGUGAGAAACAUGAACUACGCUCGUUGCAAAACUGUUAACGACCCGCCCGAAUUAAACUGCCCUAACAAAGUAUACGGUGCUGGUUUAACCCGCGACCAAGCCAUAUCUGCAGCGAAAUUGUACUCCAAAAAAGGGAAUGCAAAGGAGGAGUGCGAAAACUACGUCGGCAAAUGCAAGGUCAAUAAAUUCCUGGGGAAGUGA